GGUGAAAGUGGUGAAAGCCACGAUUGCAGGAGGUAGGUGUAGCGUCUGAUAUCGACCUCGGCCGGGAAGACCCCUAACUGAAGACGUGCAGGAUACGAAGGGUACGAAUCCACCCUCAUCCAGCAAAGACCAACCCAACGAGUCCACCCAAUGGCGAAGUACAAGCUUGCAAAGUCGGGAGCGAUGUCGUCGGCUGGUCGAGGUAUAUCUCGCAGCGAGCUCCGGCGGUGGUGAUAGGGGGCGUCGUACAGGCCACGCAGGUCGAUUGGUCCACGGCUGCCACUCUGGCUGGAGGAACUGAAGGAGAGUAUUGAGAGACUUACCGAGAGCACACAAGCAAGAAAAUCCCGGUCGGAACGCACGCUGAAAAUCACGGGGCGGACUGAGGAAACCGGCUGCUGAGUCGGUUGGCGUUCGAGGAGAGACAGGAGAGAUGGCGGGAGACAGCUCCAGAGGCCACGAGCGGGACGAGGCAGCGGAGGUCGAGGAGGGGGACAAAAGCGAAGGGUCUGAAGAUCCAGAGAGGCUCUGGCUUCUUCGAGAGGUCCUUAUGGGGAAACGGCCGGCUAUGGGGGACCGAGGAGCGUUGGAAAGUACUGGAGAGAGUCGUGCCACUCGUUGGUCAGCACGCCAUCAAAUCCAAUACGCAAUGCUCCAGCCGUGGAGAGGAGGUGGUGGGCGAGGAGGAGGUGAAGAAGGAGAGGAUGAGAGCGGACGAAGCACGGCACUAAUCCGCAUCGGCGUGUCUCCCACUUCCCUGCUCGCACGCCGCGACAGCCAAUGCCCGGCGCGCAGCGGACGCCCGACGUGGUGGAUCGCUGCCCUUUGCUUCUGUGCCUCUGCCCUCAGCCAAGCCAGGAACACCCAGCUCGCGCCGCCCGCAGGCGACGCCGGCCAGCGAUCAUCCACGGCCGCCGCGAGCUCCGCCGGCGACGCUCGCGUGGUGUUGAGACGCGUUGAGCACAGCGAGCCUCUCUUCUCCAGCACCGUCGCCCCAGCGCCUGCUCGAGACUGCUCGCGGGCUGUCUCGGUGACGUCGCACGCACACGGCGCGCAAAUGCAGCGACCGCACGCAGAGUCCCAUCGUGUUGUCAACCGCAGCCAUGCGGGCCUGUCCGCGGCGUGGGCCCGCGACGGCUGA